AUGUCUGAAAUAAUAAAAUAUGAAGAUGAUGUGGGAGAAACGUUAGUACAGGUUCUAGAUGAUUUGCGACAUCUCAAGCAUAGUCUUAAGAAACUCACUCUCAGUGAGCUGGGAAAAUCACUGUGCAUUCAAGAACUGGACACUGCUAUUUAUAAGACAGAAAGUGGGAUAAAGGCACAUGUAGAGGAAUAUCUGAAGGCCAAUAACCAAGUACUGGUUCUUCCAGUCAUUGAGGAUUUAGAGAGAAAGACAGCAAAUAUUCCAAAAUGGAACCCUGCUCUGGAGAGUUUCCCAGAUGUCUGCCUACAAAGAAGGGAAUUCAAUGGACUUUCACCUGAGGAAAGGCAAAAAGAAGCCCUAACUUUGCCUUUGAUAACUAAUCCUGCUCAUCCAAACAACAGAGCCAUUUUGCACAGAAAAUUUGGGAUUCCACCCCCUGAUUUGCAAAAAAGAAGCACAAAUGCAAUAAAACAUAGCAGGACAAUCACUGGCCCAGUGGUGAGCAUUCAGGCCACUGAACCAAAGGGCCUUCACAGUCAAACAGGUGUGGAGACAGAAAUGUCUUCAUCUUCAAGUUUUCUGUGCUCAUUGAUUCAACACAAGGCUGCUACUCUUCACCCCAAAAAGGAUUUUUAUUCUUCCAAGUUUGGCUCAAUGAAUCCAAAGUCCAGGUGUCAGAAGCAGAUAAAAUGGGAAAUAGAUCCGGAAUUCUCCCAAGAAAGAACAAGCACAAAACAUACACCACCUAAGACCCCACCUCCUUCUACAACUUCCAAAAGCUUUGAUAACAUGGAAGGCAACAACUCUCUUUUUCCUAAAAGCUCUCAGAAUCUGUCUGUGCCAGUUCAUGUAAAUAUCUCCAAACACACAUUUACUAUCAUGAAAGGAUGUAUCAACUCAAUGGAGACAGAUUUCUGUCGCUUCAAGCAUAGCUUCAGCCUGUGCUGGAGCAGUGUGGUCGAUGCUCUGGAGGCCUUGAAAAAGCUGCUCAGGGACUUUGCUGUGCCUCUAGCCAAGGUGAGUGGGGAACGACUGGUGGAGUUCAGCCAGGGUUGGGAUAAUGAAUGGAGAAAAGCUCCUCCAGUGAUGAGCCUCCUCUCAGUGCUAGAAAACUGGGAGGAAGUGUUAGAUCUGGUCUCACGCCCAGGUCAACGCUUUAAGGGAGAGGGAGGCACAGAGGCAGCUGCCGUUCACAUACAGUCCUGCUGGAGGCGCUACAUAGCCCGGACAGCCUACCUGCGCCUCUGCCGGCGCAAGUGGGCGGUGGAGACCAUCGCCAUCUCAUGGUUGAUGCACACUCAGAUGUGUCGUGUCAGGAAGGCCCUGCAGGCCAGGCGUUUCAGACAGCUGGAGAAUUACCGCAGCAGAGCCCAGCAUCUGGCAGCCAACUGGAAACACAUCCAGUCCUCCAAGAGGACCAUUAUCCACAUCCCUUCAUUAGGUUAUUCUCAGAACCAUCGACAGAACUUAAAGAACUUUGAUGUCCUACAAAACAUCCAAAUAGGCAGGCUGUGUGAUAUUAGAGAUGAAAAUGUAGAUGUGAUCUACGUAUGUCCCCGGCAUCUGGAGAAUGACAUCUUACACUACUACACCAGUCUCCUAAAGUGUGAUGAAGCCACAAAGCGGGAUGAUACUGGCACAAGACGCUUUGUUAUCCUCACACCUGAGGCUGUGGACUAUUUCUCGACUCAUAACAUGUGCCUAUCCUCACUGCUAAAGUACAGUCCACGGACGCUGAGGCGCAUCAGGAACCGGAUUCAGGGGAAGCAGGCCUAUAUAGUGGGUGGAGUGGCACACAGGGAUGACCUGGCAGUGGCUGAUGAGCUGGGAGUGCCAAUCCUGGGCCCAGAGCCAGCUGUUGCACAACUCUACAGUACCAAAUCUGGGGGAAGGAGGAUUUUUGCUGGGGCAGGGGUUGAUGUACCCCCUGGUCAAGGAGACAUCUACUCAAUAAACCAGCUUCAUGAGACACUGGCUGAUCUGAUGACUCAGAAUAUGAGUGUGCAGCGAUGGCUCUUUAAAAUAGACUCUGAAUACGGAGACCGUGGCACAGCAUACUGUGAUAUAUGUCAUAUUAGCUGCUAUAACUGGGCCCUGCAGGAAUACCAUCGUCAUGGUCCUGAACUAUGGAACAAAACAAAAUGGAUUCAGGAGUCUGUGCUAAACAGAUAUCUGAAUGAGAUCCCAGAGUGGCUGGCCCGUUACGCCCGGCCUGCUAAAACCUUGUGCUAUCCCAACUGGGCCUGCUUUCUGAAGACCUUCCUCGGGCAAGGUGGUGUGGUGGAGGCCUACCCACCUUCAGACAGCAUCACCAAUCUGACAGUAGAUUUGAUGCUGGAGCCUGGGGGUGAGGUGACCAUGCUGUCCUGUGGAGAUCAGUUCCACAGCUCCUGUCAACUGGACGCUGUAGGCUCCACUGUUCCUCAGACGUCUGUAUGCCCAGAGACCCUGCACUCCAUCUGCAUGCGUGUGGGUCAGGCCUGUCUGCAGCGUCUGAUCAUAGGCCAUGUCUCUGUGGACCUGGCCACCUUCCUAAACCGCAACACCAUGGAGCAGGAGGUGUGGGCUAUUGAUCUGAACCUCACAUACAGUGACCAGCUGGCCAUGACCCAGAUGCUUCUGAUGAUGACUAGAGGAACACUAAAUUGCAGCACAAGCUCUUUGGAAGUGCCAACGCCUAUCAGAGAGAAAUCCUGUGAUCUGAAGAUUGCAGCAAAUCCUCCUGUGGUUAAUCGUUAUGCAGCCAUUAGCAGUAAUUUAUUUCACUCUAACCUCUCUAUGCUGUACCAUAAUGUGUUCCUCAUGAUAUGCAGGGAUCAUGGCAUUGGAUAUGACAUGAAGAGGAAACAAGGCACAGUUUUUGCUCUUUAUGACAGUAGUGAGCGAUGCAGGAUUGGAAUGAUAACAGUCUCAGAAGAUCUCCAGGGAGCCCUUGUGACCUUUGCUCAGAACCUGUCAGUCAUUCAUCAAGAAAUAUCACAAUCUAAAAUGCAAGGAGAAACCAAUUUCAAGGAGCUGAUCAAGGACAUUAAAGAUAUUCUGCAGAUGACUGUACAGAACAAGCUGCGAGCGGUUGUGGAUAAAGAUGCUGCAUAGACGGCUCCUACGCCAUUACACUCACCACUCUCUUGUUACUUACAAGACAAAGCAGGUUCUCUCUAUGUUGUGUUUUUAAUCACAGUCCAACUUCUUUGUAAUGUAUGUUUAGAAGUUAGAAAGCAUGGAUUUCUUUUUUGUAGUUUAAGAUAUUCAUUAACUUACACGUUUUAGUAUUUUAUAAUGAUAAAUGUGAAUAGAAAUAUUUCAUAAUAAACAUACCGUACCU